ACUUGCAGACCAGCUCAAAUGGAUCGCCGAGUUGGUGUAAGGAAAAAUCGGCUGAGCGGGACGCGACUGCGAGCACCUGGAUCGCGGUCGAUCCGGUGCCUACAAACUCCUGACUUAGAAGAAGUUUCCCCUAGCGUCGCUACCACGCAUCUAGAGACCACACCGCCGGGCGAUACCAAUACGCCGAGCUCGGAACCCAGGAGUUUCAUCAACCGGUGCUCCGACUCUUACUAUGGAGAGACUGGCGAUAUCAAUGGAGUGGAGGAAACCCCGUUCACGAGCCCGCCGAAUUUGCAGGCGCUUCGUAAAUCAGUUCAACUCGACCCGACUCCGCGUCCCGUACUUAUAAGGGCGUGGGCCGAUGCAUAUUGGCAGUCUGUAUUCCACUAUUGUCCAGUACUUGAAGCUAAAGACCUAGAUGGGUCGAAUGCAUCAACUGCCCUGGGGAAGGCUAUUUGCCUCGUAGGAAAUUUAGUGCGGCCUAACCCCAGAGGUUUCAAACUCGCCAACGAGUUAUACGAAGAGGUGAAGCUAUUAAUAUGCCUCGAUCUUGACCGAGACACAGCGCGCACUCUCAAGGCUAUCUGCCUUCUUUCUCUAUGGAGCGCUAAACCCUCCAACCCAAUUACCCUUGAUGGGCCCUGGCAUUGGAUAGCGGUAGCAGUUCGGUUGGCGCUUCAGAUGGGACUUUAUCGAGAAUGCACUUAUGUAAACCGAUCUGAUGCGAAAUCCCUGCGCAGGAUAUUUUGGACACUUCAUAAUAACGAUACGCUUGAGGCUGCUUGCUGGAACCGCCCUCCAUUGCUCAGACGCAAUGAUUUCAAUGUCGAACUCCCGACUCGAGAUGACUUUGAUAUGCCAUGUCUUCAUUCAGUGGUUUUUAUCGAAAGCUCCAAACUGUGCACUAUCAUUAGUCGUACGUCAGAGCUUCACAGAGACAGACGGCCAAUAGAGCUUGAAGAGUUCUCAAGAGUUGAGACGUCACUAUGUGAUUGGGUUAACAGCCUUCCAGGAGAACUACGGCUAUUCGACGAGGGCGGAACAAGGAAAAGCUACUGCCGGCCGGUUUCUGAGCUAUUGAUUCAAUACUUCGUCGCCAUCAUUCUAAGUGAGUUUCUCAGGUGCAGAGAUAGAGGCGGACCACGCAGAGUAUCGGUUGCAUCAUUGUUAUCAGCAUCAUGCGCGGUCACACUGUACGAGGAGAUUGAUUGUCGAGAUGAAGCGAGACUUCCUCAUCAUAAUGGCUUCUAUUGUCUGGUACUUGCGCUUCCGAUAAUACACCGUACUCCCCAAAAUUCAGAACAAAAGUCUGAGCGCGAAAGAAAUCUGGCAGUCCUUCGAUCUAUCCUGAAGGGAUUGGAUGGCAAAUAUGGCGACGCCAAGUGGGGUGUUGCAAUGAUGGACAAGCUCAAAACAAGGAUUGACCGGACUCUUGAUUCACGGUGUUCCGGAAACAGCGAACAUCUAGAGUCAAGUCCUGUUUCGAAUCGAAUGUUUCCAUUCCCUCCUGAUUUCUGCGAUAAUAUGGCUCUUCUGGAACAAACUACAGGACCGAAUGCUGAGUUUUCGGUUGCGAACCUUAAUGCCUUGCAAGACUGGUCUGUCGACAAUAGCACUCUUGACUGUACCUGGCUCGACUUGUUCAGAUUUGAUGUUGCCGAUAUGAACGGAGAGUUUCAGAACAGCGUCCAAUGAUAUGUUGCGGCUAACUACCUGUUAGAUAUGAGGACCUCAAGAUCUUAAAACACAUUAGAACUACAAUAAACGUUCUUAUAGAAGCGAAACUGAACAUGUAUCAAUAACUUAUACAGGGCUUAAUACUAUAGUUGGGGCCAAAUAUUGGCUUAAUAUAAACUCCA